AUGGCAUCGGACAGCGAGGUAAAAACCCUGUUGAACUUUGUCAACCUGGCCUCCAGUGACAUCAAGGCAGCUCUGGAUAAAUCCGCUCCCUGCCGCCGGUCGGUGGACCACAGAAAAUACUUGCAGAAGCAGCUCAAGCGGUUUUCUCAGAAGUACUCGCGGGUCCCGCGGUGCCACCCUGGCAAGCCGUCGGAGUGUGGCCCGCGCCGGGGAGCGGAGGACAGGGCCCGUGGCUGCCAGUCCGAGAUGCCCGACUCCGGCCCCCACAGCGGGGCUGCUGCUGAGAAGGUGCUGCGGGCAGCCGAGGCGGAGGAGAGCCUGGCUGGGGAGAGGGCUUUGCCAGAGCAAAACCCUGAGGCCGGCAGGCCUGACCAGGUGCCCAUGAGGAAACGACAGCUCCCCGCCUCCUUCUGGGAAGAGCCGAGGCCGGCCCAGAGCCUGCCAUCCAGGGGCUUCCCCCCGGGCCCUGAGGGACUGUCAGCCCCCAGAGACACUCCUCCCUUUGAGGGGAAGAAAAGCAAAAGGAGCCAGGACACUGCUGGUCCUGAGAGCUCCUCUGAGCCUGCCCUGCACACAGGGGAGAAAGACCCUGCUGGCGUCCUCUCAGGCCGGGUGGGCACCUGGACCUGCUGCCCCUUCCCAUGCCCUGGGCCAGCCGUGUACCAGCCCCGAGGGACACUGCCCCAGUCGCCCUUCCCAGGGCUGGGGCUGUGGAGGAAGAGUGCGGCCACACUGCCGGCCGAGGCACAGCCCUUCUGCAAGGAGAUGGAGGGCACGGGGCAGAAACUCUACAGGCCUGUGGUUUUGAAACCUAUCCCCACCAAGCCUGCUGUCCCCCCACCGAUUUUCAAUGUUUUUGGGUAUCUUUAG